AUGGUACAAGCGAUAACUAGGAAUAAUAAAGAUAACAGAAUACCAAGAUCAACUGAUAUUAGAACUGAGAAUGAGAAUGAUUCCAUAUCAGAUCUAGAAUCUACGAGUCAGAGUUCCGAUUCUUCAAUAGAA